AUGGCUGGAGUCCCCUCCUCCAGGGCUGGAGGCAGCAGCUCCAUCAGGGCAUCCACUGGUGGGAGCAGCUUCAAUGGUAGCAGCAAAUGUAGCCUGGGGGGAGGCUCUACCCGGGGCUUCCGAGGAGGAACCAGCUGCUGUGGCCUGAGUGGGGGACCUAGCGGUAGCUUUGGGGGCAACUUUGGAGGGGGCUUUGGUAGCUGCUCAGUCAGGAGUAGUUCUAGCUUUCCUGGGGGUUCUGGAUUCAGUGGGAUCUCUGGAUUCAGUGGGGCUUCUGAAUUUGGCAGCACUACUAAUGAUGGCUUCUAUGGCUACGGUGGCAGAGUGGGAGGGGGUGUUGGCGAUGGAGGCCUUUUCUCUGGAAGUGAAAAACAGACCAUGCAGAACCUCAAUGACCGCCUGGCCAAUUACCUAGACAAGGUCAGAGCCUUGGAGGAGGCCAACGCUGAUUUAGAGAACAAAAUCAAGGAGUGGUAUGACAAAUUGGGGCUGGGUUUUAGAGAUAAUGAAUCUAGAAGAGAUUACAGCAAAUACUAUGCGGUAAUCGAAGAUCUCAGGAACCAGAUCAUUGCAGCCACUGUUGAUAAUGCCAGCCUGACUUCCCCAAUUGACAGUGCCAGACUUACAGCAGAAGACUUCAAAAUGAAGUACCAAAACGAGCUCUGCCUACGCCAGUUACUUGAAGCUGAUUUAAGUGGCCUGCAAAAAGUUCACAAUGAGCUGAAUGUGACGACCUCGAUCCUUAAAAUACAGUCUGAAAGCCUAGCUGAAGAGCUGGCUCAUCUCAAGAAGGACCAUGAGGAGGAAAUGAGCGCUUUGCAGACACAGUCCUGCGGGGACUUGACCGUGGAAGUGAAGGUGGCCCCUGGGGCAGAUCUAACGCAGCUGCUGAACAGCAUGCGGCAGCAGUACGAGGCGUUGGCCCAGCAAAACCGCAGGGAGGCCGAGGAUCGAUUCAACAAGCAGAGCGCUUUGCUGCAGACACAGAUCUCCACCAACGCUGGAGCAGCUAGCUCUGCCACGGGUGAGAUCACGGAGCUGAAACGAAUCCUCCAGACCCUCCAGGUUGAACUGCAGUCUGUCUCGGCCAUGCAAUGCUCCCUGGAAGGGACCCUGGCAGACACAGAGGCCGGCUACGUGGCUCAGCUGUCGGGGAUCCAGACGAAGAUCAGCAGUCUGGAGGAGCUAAUCUGCCAGGUCCGGGAUGAGACCCAGUGCCAGAACUCGGAGUCCGAGCAGCUUCUGGACAUCAAGACGCACCUGGAGAAGGAGAUCGAGACCUACCACCACCUGCUCGAUGGAGAAGGAGGUUCUGGGGGCAAAGGAACUGAAUCUAAAGGAUCAUUCUCUGCGGACUCCAGAGGACGAAUUAGCACAACACAAUCUUUAGAUUCAAAUAAAAGCAGAGGAACUAGGACAGUGACAGACAACCGCCAAGAGAUUUCAACUCAAGUCAACAAUGUCUCUGAUAUAAAAUUCAAAUAA